GGAGAGGGAUUGGGAAAAGGAAAAAGAUGCAAAUUGGUUUUAAUUAGUCCAGAGGCGGUGGUGCGAAUCUGGCGUGCAGUUCUUUGUUGUGGCUAAAAUCUGAUCUACCUAGUCCAAUCGACACUUUCAUGACGGGUGUCCAUAUCCACCAUUCCUAAGGGUCAGAAACCCAUUAUAAAUACGACUUUCAUCAGUUCUUGCAUCACACCCGCAAGUGCUAACGAAGAGUGGCGAACUAACUUUCCUGGCCAGCAAAGCUCAGAGGCACAAGAUAAAGGGGAGAAAAAAAACAGAGAAGGAAAUGCAGCCAAAUUCUUUGCGAUUCGCUCUCUUUCUUCUCUUCUUGAUCAUUGGAACUUCCGUAGCACAUGGAAGGCCUGGUAAUGGUGGCGGGGGGAGAAUGAGUAGUGGAUCUUCGGAAAGGCCUUCUGGGACCCCAAGUACCGGUGAUAGUGGCUCGGGCCAUGGCCGCAACUGGGACUACAGUUGGGGAUGGGGCUCGAGCCCCGGAAGUGGAUGGGGUUAUGGUUCGGGGUCUGGCCGAUCUCCUAACGGUUUUGGAAGAGGCUCUGGCUAUGGCUUUGGUUCUGGUUCUGGCUCAGGCUCGGGCUCAGGGUACGGCUACGGGUCAGGAUAUGGUGGCAGCAGUGGUGGUGGUGGUGGAGGAAGUGGAGGCUCGGGUGAGAAAAAGAAGCAUGGUUGAAUAAUGCACUGGUUUGGUACUGAUCAUGGAAUUGCAUGUUCUCGAGAAGAAAAAUUAUAUAUAUCAUGAUCAAUGUUAUCAUGAGUUAUAAAAAGAUCAGUAUCGUUUACAUCAUUGUUAAUGUGUAAGCCUUGGCAGUAUUAUUAUGUUAAUAUCGUAUUAUGGAUUUUCCAAUGCGAUUAAGUACUUCUUGAUCUCUGUUUAUUUUAUCUGUCUGUAUCUCGUAUAGUUUCCAUGCUAGCUAGGGAAAUACUUCAAAGGAUGUUGUUCUAGCGAGUUAGUUUAAUGGCUCUGAUACCAUGUAAAACGUUUUAGAGAAGAAUGGAUGAAGAGCACCUCUGUUUCUUUUUCA